GGCCGGAAACUCCGCUCCAUUUCCAUUACAAACUCGGCCCUCUGAGUGCGGAGUGGGUUUUAUUUCCAGCCGUGCGCACUACAUGUAAAGGUUUGGGAGCACGUUAUGGCCGCUUAACCUCCUCUAGGUAUUCAGGUUAGGUUCUCCAGCUUCAUUUCUCCCGUUAUUUCAGUAAAGACCUAGUUUCUCAGAUGUAUGCGGCGGCUUGGCGGCUGAAUUUUCUUCUCUCACUUUUCUCGGGACUCUUGUAAACAUGCAGCCCCCGCCAAGAAAGGUGAAAGUGAGUCAGGAGCUGAAGCACGCUCACGCAGAGCAGCUGAGCAAACUUAACGUGAAACAUCAGACCGACUGUGACCUUCUGGAAGACCUGAGGACGUACAGCCAGAAGAAAGCAGUUCUAGAGAAAGACUAUGCGCAGGCACUGCAGAAGUUGGCUUCUCAGUAUCUGAAGAAGGAAUGGCCCGGGGUCCAGUCGGAAGAGCAGAAAGACUACAGGAACGUGUGCACGGUAUGGAGGGCGUAUCUGGAGGGUGUCGUGAAAGUGACCCAGUCUCGGAUCGCUGGCUGUGACGGCUACAGGAGCCAGGUUUCAGAGCCUAUCAAGACUUUCCGGGGGCACAAAGAGCAGCAGCUAAAAAAGUGUAUCGAGCAGCUCACGCGGGUUCAGGCCGAGCUCCAGGACACGGUGAAGGACCUGACCAAGUCCAGAAAGAAGUACCAGGAGACAGAGCAGAUGGCCCAGGCUGUGAGGGAGAAAGCAGAUAUGGAGGCAAAGUCCAAACUCAGUCUGUUUCAGUCCAGAUCCAGUUUAAAAAGAGCGAGCGUGAAGUUGAAAGCCAAGAGAAAUGAGUGUAACUCCAAAGCCACCCACGCCAGGAACGAAUAUCUGCUCAGUCUGGCCGCGGCCAACGCCCACCAGCGCCGUUACUACGAGACGGAACUGAUCGGCUGCAUUAAGAUCCUGGACGGCAGCGUGUAUGAUCACGUGAAAGGCUACCUGGUUUCACUGUGUCAGGCCGAGCUGGAGGCAUCCCACGUCGUUCAGGACACCUUCAGCUUCCUGCUGGAGAAGUCCAGUGGGGUUAUGCAGGACUUUCACCAGGAGCUCUUUAUCCAGGAGAACCCUGCGUUUCAGAAAGCCUCCCUCUUCAACUUUCAACCCUGUGACAAUGAUUCUGUAACACAGAUAGAGAAGGAGAGCGGCACGGCGGAGGAGCACAGUCUGAAUAAAGAGGCGCGGAAGUGGGCCACCCGUGUAGCAAGGGAACACAAGAACAUCAUUCACAGUCAACGGAGUCUAUCGGAGUGUGAAGGGACGCCUCAGCAAGAGCAGAACUCGAGCGAAUUAGAGCUGAAGAUGGAAGAGGCGAAAGAGAGCAUCCGAAAAGCAGAGACAGUGAAGCUGAAGGCCGAGGCUCGCCUGAACCUGCUCAGAGACGUGGGCGUGGCCGUGGACACCUGGAUAAAGAGCGCCAUGAACCAAGUGAUGGAGGAGCUGGAAAACGAAAGAUGGGCCACAAUGACAACUCACGAUGCUUCCCUGUCUAGCACAGCAGAUUUUGACAGAGAGGAGGACGAGGAGACAGAGGACACGGAAACGCUAGAUGACAGCAGCUCCAGUCCUUCUAGCACCUUGAGGAACUACCCUCUCACCUGCAAAGUGCUUUACUCAUACCAGGCAUCACAACCAGAUGAGCUAACUAUUGAGGAGCAGGAAGUGCUGGAAGUCAUAGAUGAUGGUGAUAUGGAAGACUGGGUUAAGGCCAGGAACAGAGCAGGGCAGGUGGGAUAUGUGCCUGAGAAGUACCUGCAGUUGCCCUCGUCUAACAGCCUACUGAGCAUGCUUCAGUCCCUGGCAGCCCUGGACACACGCUCGUACUCCUCCAAUAACUCCACCGAGCAAGAGCCCGAGUCCGCCACUGAGCAUGUCCAGACCAGCCCCAACGGAGACAACAGCGUGCGCUUUGCGAAGGCAUUGUAUGAUUACGAAGCUCAGACCGAGGACGAACUCUCCUUUCCCGAAGGAGCCAUCAUCCGCAUUCUGAACAAAGACAACCAGGAGGACGACGGCUUUUGGGAGGGCGAGUUCAACGGCAGCGUGGGGGUCUUUCCUGCCGUGCUGGUGGAAGAUCUGGCUGCACCAAACGGCGAGGACACACACACAGGCGCGGAGACACCGGAGUCUCUGUGUAAUCAGAGUCGUCCUCCUCGUCCCCUGUCUACGACUCAGAACCAGCCCUCAUCCUGCAGUAGCCCUGUUUCCAGUCCUCUUGCCACACCCACUCUGCUCUCUCCGAUCUCCAGCCCGGCCAGCUCAUCGGCCUCCCCUCUGGCCAGCCCGCGCUCCCUUAACGGGUACCAUAGACCGGCCCCGGCACCCCCCAAAGCACCCAGCAACAACCACGCCCACAACUCCACACCUCCACCCAGGUACCCUUCAGACAGUAGAGCAGGAACACUGAGGCCUGUGCGUGCUGCACCUCCACCUCCUCCUCCCAAACAGCAGGCCCAGGGUCAAGUGCAGAAGAAAGAAGAAGUCGAGAUCACGCUGGUGUAAAGGCGCCGCCCUGGUGGCCGCUCCCUUAUUUCACUUGACUGCCGCGGCAGUCUCUCAGCCCACUCCGGGCGGAGGAACGCUUGGGGUUUGGAUAGUAUCGAAAUCCAAAUGGUAUCAGCAAGGAACAGCCGGAUGCAUCUGGAAUGCAUUUAGCAAACAGCCGAGUCGAACCAUACCAGAGAUCUCUUCACGUGAUCCGCGUCCAUCUUCCCUUCUCCGUUUCGUCUUCUGCAUCGACGUCGUUCACUGAGCGCCGAGCACGCUGCGGGAUCAGUGACAUCCAGUGGAUCAGCAGUCAGUGGAAAAACCCAGUGGUUUUCAUUUCAAGUUUCACAUCUCAGACGAUUUUAUUACAGCCGGUGUUCCGACUCUUCCAUUUACUUCCUGUGGACCAGAUUCACAGUGUGGCAGGAGCUGGCCCGCCCAGCCGGGAACACGACUGGAAGUAAAACAGACUUCUUCAAGGGAAAAGUGGCAAUUUCAUUUCCGUGCAUUUCAAAUGAGUACGAAUUUGUUAUUAUGUACGUGUGUAUGGAUGAUUAUUUUUUUUUUGGUUGUUGUUGUUGUUGUUGAAUCGCUCUCUUUGUAAAACACUAUUUGAAUGCAGAUUUAAAAUAGGUUUUGGGCUCACGACUAACAUCUUGACCAUCUUGAAUCUAACAUGCUUUUUCUGUGGUCAAACAGUAUUUUUUUUUUUUCCACGAAAUGUCCUUUAUGGUAUCAUAUCAGAACUGUCUGCUGACUCUCGAAGGCUGUGGGAGGUUUCAUGAAAAGAGCUAGAAAGGCGAAUUCAUAGCUCCCGGAGCCAGAGGGUGACUUAUCGAGAUAGAAUUUCCCCUGGCAAAGCUCAAAAAGCACUUUAGUGUUCAGCGUUAGAGCAUUUCAGUAUUAUUGCUUGUGGAGUCUGCUGUCGUCAAUAUAUUAUUUAGUCCAUGCUGCUAGUCCUGAUAGUUUAGAUUCCACCAUUUUUGGUUUAAUGUAAUUUAUUUCCAUGAAAUUAUUAAUAUGUAACAGUCUUCUUCUCUAACACAGUUUUCUUUAAACCAGGUAGUUUACAGGCGGCCUGAGGCAUAGAACACUACUAUACCUGUAACGGUCAUGUUCUGAGGUUCUGCGUUUGUUUUAUUAAUCGCAGGUUUAGAAAGGUGAUGGUCGUGCUGAAACGUAGUACGCUAGAGCAACAUUAAAACGUAUAUUUUUGCAUCUCUUGAAACCUGUUUGCAUGCAAUUUUUUUUUUUCUUCUUCACGCGUUUACAGUUUAAUUUUCCCGUUUUCAGUAUCAGGUGUUUGAGCGGACGUUUAUUUCUCGACGCCGCUUAAAAGCGGCCGAGCACCCAAACGAACUCUGUUGCCUUAGCUACAGCAUCAAAAGAUAAAAGUCAUGUACGUAUUUAUCAUGUAAAAAUGAUGGAUAAUAAAAGUGUAAAAUACGCUUUCCAAAGUGA